AGUGUUCGAUUGAUCAGAAGCUGCUUUGGAAUACAUCAAGAGAAGAAUUAAAAUAGUUGAUAAAUUUGAAUUUGAUCUCGUUCAAAAUCAACGAGUUACUAUUUAGAAUUUCAAUUGGAUUAAUAUCUAGACAGGUUAUUUGUCGAAAUUAAGUUCAUAAGUUCAUAAACUGCAUUUUACCAGAAAAAAUAUAGAAUUUGGUGAUAAAAUUGGAUUCGAGUGUCUGUGAACCAGAGAAAAAUAUCAAAAUAACUCGACUUUGGCUUCAUUUCGUUGAUUCCAAUAAAAUAUGAAGGCUGCUUCGGUUUUAAUUCUGUGCUGUAGCACGGCUUUUGGUCUAACCACUUUUGGAAUACCGCAUCAUGAGUAUCUCUGCAAUGAUGGCUCGUUUUAUCUAAAAUAUGAUCGAUGUAAUGGUGUAAAAGAUUGUGCUGGAGGUGAAGAUGAAGACAAUUGUCUGGAACAAUGAUAUUGUCUUUCCAUAUUCAAAGUAUGUAAUGGUCAAUUUGCGUGCGUCAACGGUACCUGCAUUGACCUAGACCAUGUUUGUGAUGGGACCAACAAUUGUGCGGGUAGUGAAGACGAAGAGCAGAAAAUGUGCUAUAAAUUUAACUUAAGAAAUGUAAGACAAACACUUUCUACUUCGGAUACUGAUUCUACAACGGAAUCGUUCAUUCCAUUCAAUCCGGAAAAAUUCCGAUGCAACAAUGGUGAGCAUGUACUUAAGAGAUGGAUUUGUGAUUUUGAAAGAGAUUGUGCUGAUGGCUCGGAUGAAAAUCCCGACAUGUGCGAAAACCUAUCAUGUCGGGCCGAUGAGUUUAGAUGUGGAUCCGAUUGCGAGUGCAUUCCAAAUAUAUGGCACUGCGAUGGUCGGAAUGAUUGCUCUAAUGGGGUUGAUGAAUCCAAAUGCAAUGAAACUUGUCGUUCUGAUCAGUUCUCUUGCUCGAAUGGUCGCUGCAUUCAGCCACAUUGGCGUUGUGACUCAGAUAAUGAUUGUGGAGAUGGAAGUGAUGAAUUGAACUGUCCAAAGAAAGAAUGCAAGGUUGAUCAGUUUAUGUGCAACAAUGGAAAGUGUAUUCCACAAAGGUGGAGAUGUGAUCGAGAAGGCGAUUGUUUGGAUAAUUCCGAUGAACUUAAUUGUACUGAUUCAAGACGAAAUUCGACAUCAACUCAACCAACUGCAUUGACAACAGAAGCAUCGACUGUAGAAUCAAAUAUAACGUUUACUCAAACAUCAAUUGAGGCGACAAUGGUUCCAACAAAAUAAAUUCGAAUACAAAAAGUGUUGUCAUUCAGAAAAAAACACAUUAAAAGUUCCCUGGAUAUACGUGAAUCAUUGAUAUAUAGAUGUGUUCAGGACGAUAGCAACAGCAGCAAUAACCUUAUCAGUUAAUAUAGCGUUAGGUCUUUGCUCUAGUAGGAGAUUUUUUUUUUACCGAGAGUGUACUUUUCCUACUGAAGAGGCCGGAGUUAAGCUGAAUUUGGUCGGUGCAAAAUUUUCAUUGCUAGCAUAGAUCACCCUAACAACGUCUCAAAGAUGGCUAGUAAUGAACAUUCUUCAUCGUGAAUGUGUUUAAAUAACGGUUCAGCCAUCUGUGUCAGCAAAUUCAACUCAGCGUACGCCUGCUCAGAAGUGAAAAUACACUCUCUAUUGAACCCUGUAUUGAAUUGAAUUGGAAUAUCAGUAAACAGAUAUGAAACAGGCACACGUAGAAAAUAUUAUUUUGAUUAUAAUGUCUACUGAUAGUAAAAUUCAUUGCUCACUUUAUUUUAGUCAACCAGGCGUAUCACACUACUGUGUUUCAGUUUGGUUGUAGCACAAAUUCAAGAAAAUUUAAUCUCAUUUUGUAGCAAAACUUGCACCAUUGACCCGAAUCGAAUGAGACAAGGAAUGAAAUUCGUGAUAAAAAAAAAUCUCGGGUCGUUGUAAUAUGCAAAGUAGCUUAGACUGUCCCAAUAAAUGUUAACGUAUUGUCAAACAAUCAGUUGAAAUAAUGCGUUUCAAUUGAAAUCUCUGUCAGUCUGUCUUUGAAGUUGAACCCAUUUCAAUAGCAAUGAAUUUAAAUGAACUGAUUUGAUAGUGAAAAAAUACCUAUCGGGUGAUCAAUUUGAAAGUGUAUCGAAAUUUUAUUGACGUUAUUUCUAUUGAAUCAGAGAAAAUUAAAAAAAAAUUAAUUGAAAGUAAAUUUCACCGAUAAUUGAGCUCCUAAGACUAGUGAAUAAACAAUCGAAAGAGGUUUUACUACAAGCAACAUUUUGACAUAACUAUAACAUGAAGAUCGUAUUUGAUUUACUUGUGUUGGGCAUUUUAUUAAAUACAUAUCAUCAAGUUUGCACUCAGUUAAUCGCAGAGCAUGAAGAAGUCCAAUUAAGUGGACCGAAUGUUUGUAAACGCAUCGAAGAGUUUCCGGUUGAGGUUGUAGUAACGGAAAAGCAACCCUAUCAAGAGCGAGUGGAAAACUGGUGUCUUGCCGUUCCGCCACGAUGUUCAGCCUACAAAAUCAAAUUUCGAACGGUUAACAAGACAGUGGCUCUGAAGAUGGACCGAGUUAUCUUUGAAUGUUGCGAUGGUUAUGCUAGAAACGAAGCUGGAAAUGCAUGCAAACCGCUUUGUACUGAAUGCAAACAUGGUGUUUGUAUUGAACCCAAUCGUUGCAAGUGCGAUUCGGGCUUUUUCGGACCGGCAUGUUCAACGUCAGAUUCCGAUUUCGCACACACGGAUCAAGAAUCAACAUCGGUUGCAACCGAAGAGCGCACGGAACCAAAUACGACGCCAAUUUUCCAGUGGCUGUAUUUUCCAACGGAAGCCGAACCAGUAGUAACACAUCCAAUUGAAGCUGAACCAACUGUAGAACAAGACUCGUCACCAUUACUUGAUAUUUCCACGGAAACUAUACUCUCAAAGCCUCUAGAUGUGAAACUAUCGCAAGACUAUUAUUCCAUCGUUCAAAAUGCCGACUUUAGUUUGACUUGUGAAGUGUCUGGAUGUUCUACCCCAAUUAUUACCUGGAAACGAAUGUAUGAAGAGAGUCUUGGAUCAAAUGUUCAACAAAUUGAUAAUGUUUUGAACAUUUUUAAUGCUCAACCAGAAAAUCGCGGUAUUUACCAAUGCAUCGCUGAAUCAAAUGGUCAAGUAGCUGAAGCUGCGGCAGCUAUCAAUCUAGAAUUACGUGAAGUUCCACAGAUUGAAAUCUAUCCGUCUGAGUCACAAGUGAUACAAGUUGGCGAUUAUGCAGUUCUAAAAUGUCGUGCCGUUGCUGGAGCUCCAACCCCAAUUUUGGAAUGGAUUCGACGUGAUCGCGCACCACUUUCACAUCGGAUUGAGGAAAUGUCAUUCGGUAACAUUCUCAUUUCGAAUGUAACAGCCGCUGAAGCAGGUGACUACGAGUGCCGAGCGUCAAACAUAGUUGGAGAUACAAGCAAAACCAUUUCGAUCAUCGUCCAACAACCACAAUCGUUGAACAUUUCAAUUCUGCCCGAAUUGACAGAAAUAACCAUCGACGAAGGCAAUCAAUUGUACUUGCUGUGCUCUACCGAUGGCUCAUUACCUUCCACUGUACAAUGGUAUGGUCCAAAAAGUCGACGAAAACUUGGAGCAUCUAUCAAAUUGCCAAAAUAUUUAAACAAUUAUGCAAUAUUUCAAAAGAACAAUGUAAGCCGCGAUGAUGAAGGCAUUUACGUGUGUCACGCUAGUAACGGUGAUGGUCAGAAGAAAAAACACAUCAAAGUUCUGAUUCAAUCGAAACCAAAUGAUGGUAAAUUAUUCAAAAUUGAUGAAAAUACGUCGACAACAACAACGACACCGACAACGACAACAACGACAAAACCAACAAUAAUGACAACCACUUCACGUGAUAAAUACGAAUAUGAUAGUGAUUAUUAUUAUGACAAUUGAUGAGUUUCAAGCGGGCCCAAAACUUUUCAAGAAAAAAAAAUGCGAAUGAAAUACUUUUACAAAAUGUCUUCUGUGCACAAAAUAAUAAUCAAUAAAUGAUUCAACUAAU